UUUGAGCGCGUAUUUUGAAAAGUGCGAGCUUUAUUGACUUAGUUUGUGGUGUUUAGGCCUCGUAGAAAUUUCUUUGUCGAUUUAAUGCCAAUUGGCCUUGUAAACUUUGGAAAAAACCAAACAAAAAAAAAAAAACCUACUAAACAUCUUAUUAUUUUUAGUGACAGCAGUGUAGUGCUUGUGCGUUCGUUUAUUCUAAUGCGUACAAGACCGUAUUUUUUAUGAUUCACAUUACAAUGGCGGAUUUUCUGAAGGUGGUGCUUUUAUUCUAAGCAGGAGGAAUAAUAUAAUUUCCAUUCUGAAGAUAAACAUUGAAGAAAAUCCAAGGAAUAUGUUCAGUUAAGCGUGUUAUUUAAGAGUGGCAGUAUAUUUGUUAAACUUGUUGAAAAAUGUCUAAUAGGAAAAAAAGGUCGGCAUGUUUCAGUCCGAAAACUGAAAAUGGCAAAGUACGAGAUGGUAGUCUUCCUCUGAAAGUCAAAUCUGAAAGAAAUUCUUUGCCUGAAAAGAUGUCCAUGAAUGUGGAUACUUCAGCUAUUUUACCAACUCCCUGUCUGAAGAGGACCAUAACUGUAAGAAAAAUAGUACCUAAGAAAAUACAACAGCAGCAGGUUACUGAUAAUCCUUCUACACCAAGGCGAAGUCCUAGGAUUGCUUCUUUGCCUGAAAUCAACAAGGAAAAUCUGAAGCCUGCCUCAGAAAAAUCUCUGGACAACAUAAACUCAUCUGUUCUGUCAGACAGUAAACAGAUUCUCUCCCCAUCAAAAGCAGACAUUUUUCCAAUUAACUUAAUUAUUGAACCUGAACCACAAACAGAACCUGCUUCUUGUCAAGAUCCUCGGGACUUAGUGUGGUCAAAGAAGGCUCGCCGAUCUUACAGCAGACUAAGUAACCAGUCAUUAAGUGAGACUUCUACAUUGAAUAGAAGUGAUGACUCGUCUAUUAAUUCAUCCAGAAAAGACCGCUCUUCAUUGUAUGGCUUCAACAAUCUUUUGUCUCCUACAAAAAAUUCUGAUGUUCCCUUUACUAACUUGCCGAAUAAUUCUGUUGUGCCACACCAGAAUCCUCUGAUCACUGGCUUUUCUGAGGUGGAUGUAGACCUACAAAUUCCUGGAGUAGUAGUGGUCAAAGAGAAGAAAAAGAAAAAGAAGAAAGUACAGAAAAUCAAGCUCUCUGAAUUGGAUGAUUUGGCUGCUCAGAUGAAUGCAGAGUUUGAGGCUGCGGAAAAGUUUGAUCUCUGCAUAGAGUAAGAAGCAAGCAUUUCAGUGUUUAAUGAGGAGAAAUUAUGGACAAAUGUGGAUACUGUCAUGGCAGAAAACUGGACAUGAUGCUUAACUCAAUACAUUCUGAAACAGCUGUUCAUUAUGUAUAAUUUAGUGAAUUUGUUCAUGUUGAUGCAAAUUUAAACUAAGAAUACUGACCAAAAUUAUUAUUUGUCUCGAUUUACAGAGCUGGAUAUAUUGCAUCGCCCACCGGGUGCUGACCAUAUAAAUAUUGUAUAUUCUAAUUAAGCUUUCUGGGUCUCAAUUAAAUGUUUAAGUUCACUGAAAGGCAUGGAAAAUGUUUUGUUUCUUUUGUUUGUUAAUUAUAAACGUCAGUUUUUACAGUUGGUUUAAAAUAAAAGUAUAUAGUUAUAUGUAGUAUUAUAAUUUAGCUGAUUUUAUAGACACAUCAGAGGAGGAGGGCUGAAAAUCAGGAAAAUAGCAUAGAAUGUGUUCUUUGGAGCUAAAAUUUGUUAGUGCAUGUUAUUGUCAUGAAACAGGAACCUCCUAAUCAACAGGUUCUUAAUUUAGAGUGUUUCUCACGGUUUGCAGAUUAUUAUGAUUUAUGGAAGUGUGUUUCAUAAAGAUAUUAAAAAGGUCAUUAUGGUAUAAAGAAAGAGAUUUAAUAAUGUCCCUUUUCUUAAUCAGUAGCACACAUUUACUGUGUUGUAUACCUUAUGUUAGAAAUAUAAUAAAAACAAGACUGAUUUCAUUUUUAGGUAGCUUAUUAGAAAAGUCAAGUGUUUCUAGAAGAAUGAGGUAAAAAAUUUUAAAAAAUGAGGAGGAACAUGCAAGACUUGAAUAAUGUUCCCUGAGUAUCCAAAUCUCUGCUGAGCUGUAGGUUUAGACUCCAUUUUAAGAACUUAAUAGUUGGCUUAAUUGGUAAGUGGAUUUCACAUUUGCAACAUUUCAGACUCUGUUCUAAAUAUUCUGAAAUUUAUUUUUUAACAUUGUAAUUGUUUUGGAAGAGUUGAAAUUGAAUAAUUGAAUUGAAUUGGUAUCUAGUAUCGAAGUAGUCGGAGAAGUGAUAUUUACCUAUGACCAUCAAACACCUAUCUAUAUUAUUGUUUAAUAUAAAAACGUGUGUAAUUUUUAGAAAAAAUAACUGCUGUCAGAAGAAAUUUCUUGUCCUUGUUUUUUUUUCCUAUACUUUUUCCCUUUAAUCUGUUACAUGUGAAUAUUGAAUAAGUGCAUUUUUCAUAAAAUACUGUUUGAAAGGGUUUUUAUUUGUAUUUUCUUUUAAUAUUAAUAGCUUUACACAAGCACUUGUAACAUGCUGAAAUGGUCUAUCCACCCCCUUAUUGCGGUCAUGCAAUAAAUGCACUGCCUUGAUUUGA